CCUUCGGGCUGCAGACUUCACGGCUUGAUCACACAUGUAGAGAGAGAUGUGGAGAGCAACAUGUUUCAGCUGUGUGAGAUGGUGAAGACGAACAAGGAUGCUUCAGAAGCAUCGAUGACGCUGACAGCACACAUCUACAACUCCAACCGGCAAGCCAUCGUCAAGCAAUAUGUGGCAGAGAUGAAGUUUUUGGAAUAUUCCUCAGCACUGACCAGAAAGGUGACAUCACUGAGACAACGAUCAACUGAUUUGUUGCAUCAGUUCAAAGAGGUGGUCAACCGAGCCCAGCAGCAACUCAUGGACCUCUACCGAACAGAGGUGGACAUUGAGAUGAAGUUGCGAGCCUGCCAUGGGUCAUGCAGGUCGGUGUCUCCAAUCAGCAUCAACCAUGUUGGAUAUCAGACAUUUCAAACACACAUGGACCACUUGGACAAGAGUCUGAACGAGACAACAAAGGGUACAGCAACUCCAAAAAACAUCCCAUAUGUUAAAGUGCGGCAUGUGGGUGUAAACCCAUCACCUUCUGGAGAAUAUAAGACCAUUCUCACAGUUCAGAGAGAAUUCUUGACCCAGUUUGAGGACAUCAGGCAGAACCAGUUUGUACUGGAAGAGACACCGUAGGAGUUUGCAGGCAAUGCUGCAGACCUGGAAUUUAAGGAUUGGACGGUGGACAUUUUUAGUUUUACCAAUUUCACUGUUGCAUAUUUUUGAUACAUAAACCAUUUACUGUAAUUACUGUUUUUAUUUAUUUGCAAAGCAUCUUAGGAA